CUCCUCACAACUUUGAGCGGCUGUGGAUGUGGGCAAACAGAGAAUCAAGCCUCUUCAAACUCACCCCCAAGCCAAAGAUGCAACAGCUGCAAACACCAGAGUCAAUACCCAACUGUCCACCUGGAUUGGAAUAUUUAACUCAGAUAAAUCAGUUACUCAUAUGUCAACAUUUUGAUCCUCUGGAAGUCCUCAGAUAUUUUGAAACUAGUAAAAAAUAUGAAGUCAUGAACAAUCAAGGGCAGAGAAUUUAUUUUGCAGAAGAGAAAAGUAAUUGUUUUCUACGACACUUCUGUGGACCUACAAGGCCUUUUACCAUGACAAUUUAUGAUAAUGUAGGCCGUGAUGUCAUUACUAUGCAUAAAGCUCUGAGAUGUAGCUGCUGUUGCAGUAAAGCCUGCCUACAAAAGCUAAAAGUUGAGGCUCCUCCUGGUGAAACAAUAGGAUAUGUUUAUCAGUACUUUCACCCAUUUUUGUCAAUGUUUAAAAUAAAAAAUGAGAAUAAGGAAGAUGUAAUGAAAAUCAGAGGGCCAUGUGUGGUUUCCAGCUGUCUCAAGGAUCUAAAUUUUAAUUUAUUGUCUCUGGAUGAAGAAAUGAUUAUUGGUAAAAUUUCAAAACAGUUGCCUGGAUUCAUGAGGGAACUAGUUAUCAAUGCUGAUAAAUUUGGGAUCCAGUUUCCAUUUGAUCUUGAUGUUAAAAUAAAAGCACUCAUGCUCGGAGCAGGUUUCCUCAUUGACUACAUGUACUUUGAACUCUGGUCAUAAGAAUCAGCCUGAAAGAGUAUGUCAGAGAUUACUAACACAUACUAAGUUUUGCCAGCCCUCAGGUAAACUGAACAACUUACACUGAGAA